AUGGAUUCAUCUUUGUAUCCUCAUAUGUUCCUGAUGAUCUUCUGUUGCUUUAAUCUUAAUGUUUUGACUAACUCUUACUCUUCUGCGCAGCCACUAUGCCAUGAAGAUGAGAGAUCAGCCUUGCUGCAGUUCAAGCAUAGCUUCCACAUCAAGAAGUUUGCUUCUGGCGACCCUUCUGCUUAUCCAAAGGUUGAGUCAUGGGGAAAUGCUAGCGAUUGCUGCUCGUGGGAUGGCUUGGAGUGUGACCACAACACUAGUCAUGUGAUUGGUCUCGACCUCAGUAGCAGCUUUCUCUAUGGUUCUAUCAACUCCAACAGCAGCAUCUUCAGCCUUGUUCACCUACGGCAACUGAACCUUGCUGACAAUCACUUCAAUUAUUCUCAAAUUCCGAACGGUAUAGGAAAUCUUUCGAGACUAAGGAGUCUCAACCUCCAUAGUUCUUUUUUUUCCGGUCAGAUCCCUUUAGAGAUCUCCUCUCUUUCCCAAUUGACUUUCCUUGAUCUGUCUAGAUACUUUGACCCAUAUUCUACUGAAUAUCUUUUGAAACUUGAAAAACCCAGUUUGAGAGACCUAGUUCAAAACCUCACCAACCUGAAAGUACUAGACCUCAGUGCUGUGAACGUAUCUUCUACGGUGCCACAUGCUUUAUCAAGCAUGACCUCUCUGACAAUUCUUUAUCUCAGGAGUUGUUUGUUGUAUGGUGAAUUCCCAAUGGGAAUUUUUCGUCUACCAAACCUACAGAUUCUAGACGUGUCAGACAACGAAAACCUAUUUGGUUAUCUUCCUGAAUUUUCACCUGGUAGUCCGCUUGAGGGAUUGCUGAUUGGGCAGACAAAUUUUUCUGGAUUGCUGCCAAAUUCAAUUGGGAAUCUUGAUUCCUUAAACGUGUUAAAAUUAGGGGAAUCCAAUUUCUAUGGGAUGCUUCCAAGCUCGCUAGGUAAUUUGGCCCAGCUCACAUAUCUGGAUGUUAGUGGAAACAAUUUUUGGGGACAGGUUCCUUCAUCAAUAGCAAACUUAUCAAAACUCACUGUCUUAGGACUCGGCGGCGGUACUUUUGAUGCACGACCCCUUAGGAAGCUAUCAAAACUCACUAGACUAGUACUUGAGAAUACGAAACUAAGUGAUGUAUUACCACAAUCUAUUGCUAAUCUGACCCAACUGUCUCUGUUGGUUCUCACCAACAAUGAGUUAUUUGGUGAAAUCCCAUCUUGGCUUUCAAACCUCACUAGAUUAUCCUAUCUAAUGCUUUCAGAAAAUCAACUAUCGGGCAUGUUUCCAAGCUCAAUCUCUCGAAUCCAGCAUUUUGAAUUGCUUGAUCUUUCUUCAAACAGCUUGAGUGGUAAAGUCGAGCUAGAUAUCUUUCAAAAUCUCAAAAACCUUUAUCUAUUGGAUCUGUCCGGAAACAAAUUGACGGUGCUCGAAACAAACAGUACCAAUGCUACUCUACCGAAAUUCAAUAGUUUAGGAAUGGCAUCAUGCAACUUGAAGGAGUUUCCUAAAUUCUUGCGGUUCCAGGAUGAAUUAGAAGUCCUUAAUUUGGCGAAUAAUGGUAUACAUGGCCAAAUACCAACUUGGUUGUGGAACACGAGUAGAGAAACAAUGAGAAAUAUCGACCUUCAUGGAAACUUUCUUACAGGAUUUGAGCAGCAUCCAAAUGGCGCCAUUCCAUGGAUAUCACCACAAUUCAUAGAUUUCAGCUUUAACAGGCUGCAAGGACCACUCCCACUUCCAUCGCCGUCUAUCCUUCUUUACAGUGUUGCUGGUAAUUUACUAACCGGAGAAAUCCCACCAUCAUUAUGCCAAAAUAGUGCUCUUUUUGUGCUUGACUUGUCUGAUAAUUACUUAAGUGGGGCCAUUCCUCAAUGCUUGGCCAGUGCUAGUAGUGAUUCUCUGAAGCUGCUCAAUUUGAGUUACAACAAUUUUCAAGGUACUGUUCCCCAGAUGUCUAUGAGGGGGAUCAAGAUGAUUGACUUUAGUCAAAAUCAAUUGCAUGGGAGCCUACCACUUUCAUUGGCUAAUUGUACAAUGCUUGAAAUUCUUGUUUUGGGAGAUAAUCAGAUCGAGGACACUUUUCCCUUUUGGUUGGGAACCCUUCCCCAGUUAGAAGUUCUUAUUCUCCGAUCUAACAGAUUCCAUGGUGCCAUUGAGAACCCUAACACCAAUUUGAAGUUUCCGAAGCUGCGGAUCAUUGACUUGUCUCGCAAUGGUUUCUUUGGUACGUUGCCAUCAGAGUACUUCCGGAAUUGGAAUGCAAUGAAAGUGGUCGUGAAAGGAAAUUCAACGUAUAUGGGCAUGGAUGCGAUACCACAAUAUAGAGGGAAGGGACCAAUUUCUUAUGGAAAGCGUUUACCCUAUUCAAUAACAAUAUCUAGCAAAAGGACAAAAAGGCUAUAUGAGAAGAUCCAAAGUGUAUUUGUAGCAGUUGAUCUUUCACACAACAAAUUCAGCGGUGAAAUUCCAGAAUCCUUUGGAAGUCUUUGUGGACUUCAAGCACUAAACAUUUCCGAAAACAACCUCACCGGCAUCAUCCCGUCAUCCAUGGCAAAUUUGACGAACCUGGAAUCGUUGGACCUAUCUCAGAACCUGCUCUCAGGAGAGAUCUCUCAGCAGCUAACCAAACUCACUUUCCUUUCAGUCCUAGACUUUUCUCAUAACCGUCUCACAGGCCGCAUACCUCGAGGUAAACAAUUUGAUACAUUUGACAAUAGUUCAUAUGGUGGGAAUAUGGGAUUGUGUGGUGUCCCACUGACGAUGUUAUGCGGGAAUUCAGAAACGUCACCCCCACCACCACCGGCACACAGCUCGCAAGUUGAUGGUUCAGAGUUUUCGACGGGUAUCUAUUGGAUGGUCAUAAUAAUGGGAUAUGGGAGUGGACUGAUAGUUGGGUUGGUUAUUGGGCACACACUGACCUCGAGGUAUCAUGACCGAUUUGUUGCGAUCUUCGAAAGGGUUUUCUUUCAAGUGAGACCUACGAAAUCGGAUGGUUGUUUAUUUAAGAACUACAGCUACUCUAGAGGAGAGCACGGAUGUGACUUGGCUGAAAAAACUGAGGAUUUUGUCCUUCAAGGUGGACACGGCACUCAUAAAACCAUAAAAGCACAUCAUAACCAUGAAGCUUGUUCAACUAGCAUUGCUAAACUAGAGUUGGUCAUACAUCAUGGGUUCAUCUUGCUGCUAUGCCAUGAAGAUGCGAGAUCAGCCUUGCUGCAGUUCAAAGACAUCUUGUUCAUCAACGAGUUUGCUUCUGUUGACCCGUCUGCUUAUCCAAAGACCAAGCCAUGGAAGCUCGAUGGAAAUACUACCGAGUCAGAUAAUUAA